AUGAGCGACUCCCCUGCUCCCACCACCGAGAAGUCAUCCGUUCGUCUUUCUGCAGAUGAAUCUUCCAUUGCGAAGGAACAGCCUCCGCAGGAGAACUCGGUCGAGCUCAAUGGGCUCUCACAUAACAUGAAGCCAUGGGAGAUCCACUUGGCUUUCCUGAGUCUCGCAAUGGGUGGUUUCCUGGCCGCUCUGGAUCAAACCAUAGUCUCCACGUCCAUGCCUACCAUUGCCUCGGAGUUCGAUCAUCUGAAUGAGCAAAGCUGGAUCGCGACCUCAUAUCUGUUGACAUCAACCGUCUUUCAGCCCUUCUUCGGUCGUGCCUCAGAGCUAUGGGGCUGUAAGGCCAUGCUCUUCACGGCCAUCUUCCUUUUUGAAUUCGGCUCGUUGAUGACUGCCACCGCACAGAACUUUAUAUGGCUCUGUUGUGCGCGAGCGGUGGCUGGCAUAGGAGGGGCCGGGUUGAUGGUGAUCAUUAUCAUCAUGAUCAGCCAGAUGGUGCCACUUCGAGAUCGGGGUCGAUACAUGGGUGUAAUGUACGCUCGUCUUGCACUCGCCAAUGUGCUUGGUCCAGUCCUCGGAGGUAUCUUCACGCGCGAUGUAACAUGGCGCUGGUGCUUCUAUAUCAACCUACCCAUUGGCGGGCUCGCCAUCGCCGUGAUCUUCUUCUUGCUGAACAAAAUCCCGGAUAGGAAGAAGGAGAAUGUGACGCUGCGCGACAUCGACUUCGGCGGCAUUGCGAUCCUCUCCGUAUGCGUCGUUUGCUUACUGCUUGCGCUCUCGUGGGGUGGCACCAUGUACCCAUGGAGCAGCACUCGCGUCAUCGUGCUCCUCGCUAUCGGCGCCGCACUCAUCCCCGUGUUCAUCUUGUAUGAGAACUAUGUCCCGCCGUCACCCGUUAUCCCGCUAUCGAUGUUCCACCACCGCAACGUGAUCACGUCGACGGUCAACUACUUCUUCACCAAUAUCGCGGUGUACGGUCUUGCGCUCUACAUCCCGACGUACUUCCAGCUCGUCAAGGGCGAUUCGCAACUCAUCUCCGGCAUCGAGCUGCUCCCUUACAUCCUCCCGCUCUCGUUCUUUUCUGUCCUCGUGGGCAUGCUUGUCUCCAAGACGGGCUGGGUGCGCCCGUGGCUGAUGGCCGGCGGCGCGGUGAACCUCAUCGGGACCGGCCUGUGCAUCCUCUUCAACGGCACCACGCCCCGCGGGGCCGAGUUCGCCUUCCUCAUCAUCGCGGGCUGCGGCAUGGGCUUCGUCUACCAGACGAACACGAUCGCCGCGCAAAGCCAGGUGCAGCGCGGCGAGCUUGCGAGCGUGACGACGAUGACCAUGUGGAGCAAGAGCCUGGGCGGCAUCGUCGGCAUCUCGGUGCAGGGGAGCAUCAUCCAGAACGUGCUCACGAAGCGCGUCCUCGCGAACCCCGUCUCUGCGCCGUAUCUGUACGCUGUCUCGUCCGUCGCCCUCCUCCAGCAGGCGCCGGCCGAGGUGCAGCACAUUGUGCGCCAGGCGUACGGCGCUGCGUUCUCGCGCAUGAUGAUUGCGACGACGGCGUUGGUGGCUGUUGGCUUCAUCGCGUCGCUCUUCACUGUGCGGGUGAAGUUGAACAAGAAGGUCAAGGCAAAGGAGAGCGACGAGACUGACGAGGCUGCCGCAGCUAUCCCACAGCCGAAUACGGAGAUUCAGGAGGUCUCGUUGCAAUCAGUGUCUGUCACAGACAACAAGGAGCCGAUUGACGAGAAGACGUCGGAGGGGCAGAAUGGACCUGGCGAACAGGUGUAG